AUGGCCUCGUGGCGGCUCGCUUACAAGAACAUGCCCGUUGACCUAAUCCUUGUUCGUCACGGAGAAAGUGAAGGGAAUCUAGCCCAGAAGAUGGCUCAACAAGGCGGUGUUCCCAACCCGUGGACCAGCGGCUUCCGGGCCCGUCAUAACUCUAAGUACCGUCUAACUGACAGGGGUAGGGCCCAGGCCGAGGCCGCGGGGGAGUGGAUCAAGGACCACAUUGGAGAGGCCUUUGACAUUUGUCUCACCAGCGAGUACAUCAGAGCGAUGGAGACCGCCGCAUAUCUCCACAUUCAGGAGGCCGAGUGGAGGACCGAAUUCUUCCUAAGAGAACGUGAUCGUGGGGUGUUGGCCAACAAGUCCAAGCAGGAACGACGAAGAGAGCAUGCAGAUGAGAUAGAACGACAGGACCGGGACAGUUUCUACUUCCAGCCCAGUGGAGGGGAAAGUAUCGCUAAUCUGUGUCUGAGGGUCGAGAGUGUGAUCAAACACCUUCAAAAAGGGAGUGCUGGACUGAGGGUCAUCAUAGUGUGCCACGGUGGAGUCAUCAAGGCCUUCAGGGCCCUGGUGGAGAGGAAACGGCAAAUGAGGGCUUCGAGGUCCAUAGGAGCCGGUCUCGCCGGAGGAGAGUCCAUCCUCAUGAACCAACUUUUAAGGAGUAGUAUCAUCGUGGGUGUUGAUGCUUCGUCUAUGUCCCUUCAGAUCUACAACGGCAUGGUGAUCCACUACUCGAGACGGAACCCGACUACCGGGCUCAUUUCUGACAACUACCAUUGGGUCCGGUGUGCCUGCCCAUGGAGGCCUUCCUUGGUCAACGAGAAUUGGAUUCAUUUUUCCCCUCACGUCCUUAGCAACGAUACGCUGUUGGCUGAAGUCCAGAAAGUCCCGCAGCUUGUGAACGAAAGGUUCGACCAAGCCUUGGGCCGGUACCCUCACGAGGAGCCCUCCUCCCCCACUAGCGACUACGCUGAGACUGUCACGGAGAGGCCCUCCAGAUGUAAGCAUUUCGAUGUCGUAGUGGACCUGUUCGUUGGGGUGGUCACCGGUCUUGAGGCCAUCGACUUAGUAGAAUAG